CAUCACAACCAUGGGCUCGAAUCUACCAUAUGCCGCCGACGCCGAGAGUCCUCUGAAGCCGGCAGAGCUGCAGGUCCUCCGAUCGCAGUACGAGAAAGAGGGCGACUACGUCGGCAUCCAGACGAAAUUCAACUAUGCCUGGGGCCUGAUCAAAUCCAACGCCCGCCCCGAACAACAAGAAGGCGUCCGCCUGCUAUCAGAGAUCUUCCGCGCGGCCCCCGAGCGACGACGAGAAUGUCUCUACUACCUGGCCCUCGGCAACUACAAGCUCGGCAACUACGGCGAGGCCCGACGAUACAACGACCUGCUGCUGGAGAAAGAGCCGGCCAACCUCCAGGCGGCGAGUCUGGGCACUCUGAUUGAGGAUAAGGUGUCGAAGGAGGGACUGCUGGGCAUUGCGAUCGUGGGCGGACUGGCGCUGGCGGCGGGUGUGGUGGGCGGUGUUGUUCUGCGGGGAGCGAAGAGACGGUAGAUCUCUGGAAUAAUGUCGAGAGGAGCAGGCAUUAAUGCUGUCGUUGUACAUAGGAGGAUGGAUCAUGCCUGGGUAUGCUGGCUGCUAUUGCUUUUCUUUUGUUAUUUACUGGGAAAUGAUUGUUUGCAUUGAUGGCGUUUUAUUCCAUGACUUUUGGCCGAUGUGAAUAGGCAGGAUCUGCUUGACGACUGUCAAAUAUUGAAAUAAUAGGAUCAGAUAGGAUCAGAUAGGAUGAGAGACGCAGAUGGAGGAUGGUGGGUGACUGAUCUCUCAGGCACGCCACCUGCUAACGUCAUCCGCCCGCCUUCUUCUUUCGCUCUCGUUGACUCUCCAUCUUCAUUAUCUCUGUUUCUCUCCUUUAUCAUUCAC